AUGACAUGCAUUUACGGUAUCCCCGAACGUGGCAGGCGGGAGGAGACAUGGGAUUUACUUGGUACUCUCAAAACUAGAUCCUUGUUGCCCUGGGUGGUGAUAGGGGAUUUUAAUAAUCUACUAUACCAGCAUGAGAAGAAGGGGGGAAAUCCGUAUCCUAAUAGUCUGUUAAGGGGUUUCGGAGAUGCUGUGGAUGACUGUGGUUUGGUGCAAAUGCCAAUGAGGGGCCAUCAGUAUACGUGGCAGAAGGGAAAGGGGACGCCGAAUUGGAUAGAGGAAAGAUUGGACAAUGCAUUAAUAACGAAUGAUUGGGGUCUACUUAAUGAGAAUGCAUGGCUGGAGAAUAUUCGAACCCGGGCCUCGGAUCAUUCGAUCAUAUUCCUCAGUAUUAAUGCGUUUUGCAUGCCGAGGAGAAGGGGGCCGCAGAAGUUCAGAUUUGAAAUGGCUUGGCUAUUAGAUGAGGGGUGCAAAGAAGUAGUAGAAACGGCCUGGCAAGAAGGGAGAACGGAGGGUUUGCUGCAUUGCCAGCAGUUGUGUGGAGAAAAGUUGAUGCAGUGGGGUGGAGAUCAGUUUCAUAGAUUCGGAAAACGAAUUAACCACCUGCAGCGGAGGCAAGAUGCCAUACGGAAUAGACGAGAUAUGGUAGCGUUAGCUGAGUACCAAUAG